ACCAAACGUGUGCGGGCUCACUUUGUUUAACAGUCGUCCUCUCCCACCCCCUAUUCCGCUGACAACCGCAGCAACCCCCACCCCCACCGUGGUGGCGCAGCAGCACUGGGCACCGUGGCUGGUGGCCGGGGAUUGAGACCAACGCGAGAAAAGUCUGGUGCCGUCCAGCUUCCAGGAUUCUCCACCAGUGAGUCCUUUGCUCCUCCCCUCUUGCUUCCCCAGUAGUUGGCUCUGGCCGGCGCGUGGAGGGGGAUGGGAUUUUUCCAGCUCUCCGGUCGCUUGCUCCGUUGAUUCUUCAGCUGCGGGGAGGUCACCUGGCGGCUCCGCCGGCCGGGCGCUGGUUGCUUCGUUUCUUGGUUUUUAGGUGACCUGUGACUCAAAUCUUGGCCUGGUCUUUGCUAUCUGAAGACCUGAUAUUCCUCAUCAAUUUCAAGUGUACCUGGACUCCUGGAGAGGGGUCUACCAGAUUUUGCAAGAACAAGAUCUUGCAGUUUUGUAUACUUUGCCACUGGAUUUGGGGAUGGAGAGGCAGUCUAGCUCCCGGUUCGGCGCGCUGGAGAAGCUCAAGAGCUUCCGGGGCAUAGAGAAGCAGAGGAGCUUCAAGUUCCUGUCCAUGGAGAAGCAGCAGAGCUUCAAGGAGAGGCGGAGCCGGGACAGCCCCGGGAAGAGGGGCGACAGCGCGCUCCACCUCGCGGCCAGGGCCGGCAAUGUCUCCCACGUCCAGAGGAUCUUCGCCGACUGCGAUCCGGAGCUGGUGGGGGAGCUGGCCGCCCACCAGAACCUGGACGGCGAGACGGCGCUCUACGUGGCCGCCGAGAAGGGGCACGUCGACGUCGUGUGCGAGAUACUCAAGGCCUGUGACGUGCAGUCAGCGGGGCUCAAGGCGACCAACAGCUUCGAUGCCUUCCAUAUCGCGGCGAAACAGGGCCAUCUGGAUGUUCUGCAGGAGCUAUUGCAGGCAUUUCCUGCGUUAGCUAUGACGACGAGUUCUGUGAAUGCCACAGCUUUAGACACCGCCGCAACCCAGGGCCACAUUGGUAUCGUCAAUCUUCUACUGGAUACAGACGCAAGCCUUGCCAGGAUUGCAAGAAGUAAUGGGAAGACAGUUUUGCAUUCAGCAGCAAGAAUGGGUCAUGUGGAGGUGGUAGCGUCGUUGUUGAAUAAAGAUCCGGAUAUUGGUUUCAGAACAGACAGGAAGGGACAGACAGCACUGCACAUGGCUUCGAAAGGCCAGAAUGCUGAAAUUCUGCUUGAGCUGCUGAAGCCCGAUGUCUCAGUAAUCCAUUUGGAGGAUAACAAGGGGAACAGGGCACUCCAUGUUGCAACGCGGAAGGGCAAUACCAUUAUGGUUCAGACUUUAAUAUCCAUUGAAGAGAUUGAUAUCAAUGCAGUCAAUAAAGCUGGAGAGACUGCUUUUGCCAUUGCAGAGAAACAAGGCAAUGAAGAGCUUGUUAACAUCCUGCGAGAGGUUGGAGGGAUAACUGCAAAAGAGCAAGCAAAUCCUCCGAAAUCAGCCAAGCAGCUUAAGCAAACAGUGAGCGAUAUCAAGCAUGACGUCCAAUCACAGAUCAAGCAAACGCGUCAGACCAAGAUGCAUGUCCACAAGAUCAAGAAGAGGAUUCAGAAGCUCCACAUUGGCGGGCUAAACAAUGCCAUCAACUCCAAUACCGUUGUCGCGGUACUUAUUGCUACCGUUGCCUUUGCAUGCAUAUUCACCAUUCCUGGUAAUUUUCUGGAGAGUAUGGACAAAGCUACUGAGCCCGAUAUGACCUUAGGGCAAGCACUGGUAGCAAGCAGGCCAGCCUUUAUAAUCUUCUUGGUCUUUGAUUCCCUGGCUCUCUUUAUCUCUCUUGCGGUCGUCGUCGUCCAGACUUCCCUGAUCGUUGUUGAGCAGAAGGCAAAGCAGAAGAUGGUGUUUGUGAUGAACAAGUUGAUGUGGCUCGCGUGCCUCUGCAUAUCAGCAGCCUUCAUAGCGCUGACCUACGUCGUCGUGGGCCGCAAUGACGAGUGGCUGGCUUGGUGCACGAUGGCGAUCGGCACAGUGAUUAUGCUAACCACCAUUGGUUGCAUGUGCUAUUGCAUCAUCAGCCACAGGAUGGAAGCACAGAGCAUGAGGAGGAUCAGGAGGUCCUCCAUGAGCCAGUCAUGGUCCAUAUCAGUCGACUCGGACACGGAGCUAGACAUGACCAGCAGAAACAAGACGAUGUAUGCGCUCUAGGACGAUGGGCGAUGACCGACACCUCGUGCGGCAGAGUCAUGUAUAUAUCGGAGCCCGUUUGCCCGAGCCCGCAACACGGCAUUCAGCCGAUUCGACUCGAGAUGUAUCUAGGCCUAGGAACAUGGCAGCUGUAUGUAUCAUGGAUGUAUCUAGGGCCCCGAAGCCUCCUUUGCACAAGCAAAGGGAGGCAUGUGGAUGCAGCUCCUGGGUAGACUGGUUCCAGGCAGAGCCACUUUUUAUAGGCACUAUAUAUAGGAGUAGUAGCACUACUUGUGAAGCAAAAUGUUUUGCUCCUAUGCUUACUACCACUGUGGACGAUGAUGAUGAUGACAAUCCAUACAAUUAUGUAUACCAACCAGUAUAGUAGAAUAAAAUUGCCAUUUUGUCAAA